CUGCCUUCGUUGAUCCUCGCUCCGACCGAGCGGCGCGUCGAACGUGCGCAGGCGCAGCUGAAAAUAAAAGGCUCUAGAAAUUCCAUUAUUAUAUACAAAUUGUAAUAAAAUACAUAGCGUUUGUGCAGUGAAAGUGGUGUUUCAAAUAAUUGUUUGAUCUGGAAAAAAUGUUAACAAACUCUGUGAAUUAAGUCAAGGAUAUCCAAUAUCUUAGACGACGAAAAUGACGAGGAAAUUUCUAUUCUGUUUCCCGCUGAGGCUCGGGAACAUCGUUUUUGGUUACAUUGUUAUUAUUGUAAGUCUAGCAGUAGCUGCGUUCCACAUUUACCUACUGAGCCAAAUAAUCACACGAAAGGAGGAAUCUCACUCAGAAUACGAAAAGCACGAAAAUAUAUUUGGAAAAGAAAAUAAAAGUAUCUUCUUAAUCUCUAUCAUAUACUACUUAUUGUAUAUAAUAGCUGGAUUAUUGUUAUUACUAUUUAGUGUUGUUUUCACGAUAGGAGCUCACACGGUGAACAGAUGUUGUGUAACGUCUUUCUUCGUGUACAGUUUUAUCCACAUUUUCCUCACAAUUCCGCUCAUUGUCUGGGAGGCGCUGACGGCAGGCUGGAUACAACUUGGCCUCUUGGUAUUAUCGGAUGUGCUCCUGAUAAUUUGUUUAUUCAGUGUGAAGUACCUGAUGGAAGCGAUAAGGACGGGAAAAAUCUACAGUCGUCCCGGUUCGGUGCUCUACAAAUAUUGAUGAAAUUGAUUGAUUCUUUAUAAUUAAGCUUUAAUUUAUUUGUGACAAUACAUAAAAAUGACAAUAACGCGGAUAAAUAGGUGAUUGAUUUAUUGCCAUUUUAUCGAAUGAAAAUAAAGAUUUUAAUCAUCGUAAUAUUAUAAAAAUUAUCAAAUAAUUUUAUUAAGAUUUCAUAGUAUUUAUCAAGAUCUGUUUGUUUUUAAGAUUUUCUUAUUUUCAGUCACUAACUUAUUUAUUAUUUAUUUUCUAAUGAUUUUAGUUGUACCACAGAAGUAUCACAGUGUUAAGUGGUGUACCUAUGCUCAGAAAUAUUGAUGUGUUCAAUAUUCCAGCGGGAAAACCUCGCCUUAUGUACUAAAAAUUAUAUUUUUGUUUCGUCUUAACGUAUAUUCAUUAUUAGUUAUUAAUAUCAUGCAUGCAAUGGUUUUCUGUUCAUUUCAUACAAAUUAUCUUAUUACUGAAUGUUACUUUCUUUCGUAAUUAUAAUAGUAAUAAUAUGUUUAACUGUUUUAAUUAAAGUGUUCUGCGAAUAUGAAAGUUGCUAAUUACAUCCUAUUUAUUAUAGUCAAAAUUAUGUUGAUGCUUUUUAUAAUUAUUUGUUAAAUUAAAAUUAUAAAAACGAAUUAUACAGGU